UCAUGUCUGCGAGCCAGGAUUCCGGAUCCAGAGACAAUGGCCCCAAUGGGAUGGAGCCCGAAGGCGUCAUCGAGAGUAACUGGAAUGAGAUUGUUGACAGCUUUGAUGACAUGAAUCUCUCGGAGUCCCUUCUCUGUGGCAUCUACGCCUAUGGUUUUGAGAAGCCCUCUGCCAUCCAGCAGCAAGCCAUUCUACCUUGUAUCAGGGGUUAUGAUGUAAUCGCUCAAGCCCAAUCUGGGACUGGGAAAACGGCCACAUUUGCCAUAUCGAUUCUGCAGCAGAUUGAAUUAGAUCUAAAAGCCACCCAGGCCUUGGUCCUAGCACCCACUCGAGAAUUGGCUCAGCAGAUACAGAAGGUGGUCAUGGCACUAGUAGACUACAUGGGUGCCUCCUGUCAUGCCUGUAUCAGGGGCACCAAUGUGCGUGCUGAGGUGCAGAAACUGCAGAUGGAAGCUCCCCACAUCAUCGUGGGUACCCCUGGCCGUGUGUUUGAUAUGCUUAACCGGAGAUACCUGUCUCCCAAAUACAUCAAGAUGUUUGUACUGGAUGAAGCUGACGAAAUGUUAAGCCGUGGAUUCAAGGACCAGAUCUAUGACAUAUUCCAAAAGCUCAACAGCAACACCCAGGUAGUUUUGCUGUCAGCUACAAUGCCUUCUGAUGUGCUUGAGGUGACCAAGAAGUUCAUGAGGGACCCCAUUCGGAUUCUUGUCAAGAAAGAAGAGUUGACCCUGGAGGGUAUCCGCCAAUUCUACAUCCACGUGGAACGAGAGGAGUGGAAGCUGGACACACUAUGUGACUUGUAUGAAACCCUGACCAUCACCCAGGCAGUCAUUUUCAUCAACACCCGGAGGACAGUGGACUGGCUCACCGAGAAGAUGCAUGCUCGAGAUUUCACUGUCUCUGCCAUGCAUGGAGAUAUGGACCAAAAGGAACGAGACGUGAUCACGAGGGAGUUUCGUUCUGGCUCUAGCAGAGUUUUGAUUACCACUGGCCUGCUGGCCAGAGGCACUGAUGUGCAGCAGGUUUCUUUAGUCAUCAACUAUGACCUUCCCACCAACAGGGAAAACUAUAUCCACAGAAUUGGUCGAGGUGGACGGUUUGGCCGUAAAGGUGUGGCUAUUAACAUGGUGACAGAAGAAGACAAGAGGACUCUUCGAGACAUUGAGACCUUCUACAACACCUCCAUUGAGGAAAUGCCCCUCAAUGUUGCUGACCUCAUCUGAGGGGCUGUCCUGCCACCCAGCCCCAUCCAGGGCUCAAUCUUGGGGGGCUGAGGAGCAGCAGGAGAGGGGAGGGAAGGGAGCCAAGGGAUAGACAUCUUGUCAUUU